GGCGAGUUAUAUAGACCCCAGACGCACCCAAGCUCAUGAUUCCCAGUCUUGCAGAACAUCCAUGGCAGUACGUAUCCCUCGCCCUUGCUCCACCAGUCACUGUGUUUGUCCUCUACCCGCUAUGGAAAAAGUGUCAGACACAAGCGAUGAGCUUGCGCCAUCAACAUUUCAUGAUCACCGGUGGAUCCAGCGGCAUCGGGAGGGCCCUGGCUCUUGAAGUUGCUCGCAGGGGAGGAAACGUCACAAUAGUUGCAAGAAACAAGAACAGGCUGGAAGAUGUGAAACUGGAACUGCUGGACGCUGCCAAGACGCCAGAGCAGGCCAUGCACGUCAUAUCGGCCGACCUCGCCGGCGGUGUCCCGGGACUGAUACGCGAAGUUAACGACGCCGAGGACUACUGCGGCCCGGUUGACUUCUUGGUAAACUGUGCUGGAUCAGCCAUCAGCGGGCGCUUCGAAGAAACCCCCGUGGCUGACUUUGAGCAGAUGAUGGACAUGAAUUACAUGACUGCGGUGCACGCUACGAAGAUCGUUGUCCCAAUCAUGAAGCAGAGAGGGCGUGGUAGCGUUACCUUCGUUGCGUCGGUGGCGGGGAUUGUUGGUCUCUACGGGUUCACAGCGUAUUGUCCAUCAAAAUUCGCUCUCGUGGGGUUUGCUCAGGCCCUUCGCAUGGAAGUAGUGCACCAUGGCAUCGAUGUCACCGUAGCCUUUCCACCUCACACGGAUACGCCGGGCUUUUCUGAGGAAGAGAAGUGCAAACCAACCGAGACCAAAUUGAUCUGCGGAGGCGGCGGCUUGUUUACUGCAGAGCGUGUUGCCCGGUCUAUGCUGCAAGAUAUUCUACAGCGAAAUUUUCUUAGCCCCAUAGGAUUUGAGAGCCGCUUUGUCUUGACGUUAUGCGCCGGUAUGAUGCCGUCGAACUCUUUCCUGGACAUGACAAUUCAAGUGCUCACCAUGGGAUUAUUGCGACUGCUUGGUUUAUGCUACUUGAGAAGAGUAUAUGGGAUUGUUGCUCGUUGUGCCACAAAGAGUAAAGGGAAAGGAUCUCUAUAGUCCGGUACCGACCGAAGUUGUCCAAUGAUAUAUCCGCGUAAACCGUUUAAAGCUGCCUAUUCUUGGAGAAAGGGAACAAAAAUGGUGUAUUUGUAUUAGCAACGUAUUUCUUAAAUGAGAAAUAAUUACCUGUGGGUUAUAAAUGUGGAUUAAAUGUA